AUGACAAGAAAGUCUGGAGAUAAUAAAAACUUACAUCGACAAAUAAAAGGAAGUCAAGAUGAAAUUGAACGAUUAUCAGUCUUUGAUGAAUUUAUUGAUACUGUAAUAAAUAUUGAUGACCGUCCUGCACCAGAUCGAUAUGAGCAAUUGUGGACUUUAAGUAAUCAAAUAUAUGCUGCAUUUCAAAAUCUAGACCCCAAUAGUAAUUCGCUUUUUGAAUAUACAACGCAAAAUACUUUAAAAGGAUACUCCAAUAUAGAAACUUGUUAUCAACACGGAAUAGAACGUAUGCAAGAUCUACUUGCACAAGAAGUUUAUUUAACUAAAAAGAAAAAUACAAAAGGAAGAGCAAGUAAAAAUUUAGUUAAAGAUACUGUAGCAAAUUUUAAACAAUGA